AUGCUUUCAUCAACACAAGUGUACACUAAUCUCGUCAUUUCUGCUUUCAAUCUGAACACAACUGUUCUUACGAUUAAUCGACCGACAAUCGAUCAGAUUGGAAAGCGACCAUACGAUGCUCGAUGUCCAUGUUCACCCAGAUCUCGAUCCUGUGCAGUGACUUCACUGUCUUACAGUCGAAAUUUCAUGAAGUCUGUUCGAGCGAUUUUAUUUCUGAUGGAUGGAUUCAAACCAUCCAUAUCGGAACGAAUCUAUGGAUGCAUUCCGCGCACAGAUUUAUUCAAUUCGUUGAAUGCCUACGCUGUUUAUCUUGAGGGUUUACAAACGAAUUUCUAUGCGACCGACACCGCCGGAUCGUCUUUAGCAAUCAGUACAACUCUAUAUCAAGAUCAGCAAGGAAAUUGA